UGCAGAAACAGCAAGACCUGCAUCCAACCUGCAUUUGUGACUUGACUUCUCAUAAAAAGAGAUUUGCAGACAUGAAGUUCAUUCUUGCUGUGCUGGUGUUGGUUAUGGUGGUGGGAGCUCAGGCGCAGUGGUACAACUUCCCGGGAGAAGCCAUUGGAGGUGCGAGCGACAUGUGGCGAGCUUACAGUGAUAUGAGGGAGGCCAAUUUUAAAAACUCAGACAAGUAUUUUCAUGCACGUGGGAACUAUGAUGCUGCAAAGAGAGGACCAGGAGGAAAAUGGGCUGCCAAAGUCAUCAGUGAUGGAAGAGAGUGGGUUCAAGGUUCGAGUGGUCGUGGGCAUGAAGAUUCUGAAGCUGACCAGAGAGCAAAUCUCCACGGGCGUAACGGCGGAGAUCCCAACGACUUCAGACCUGAUGGACUCGACCGCAAAUAUUGAAGUGAAGACGACCGUCAUCCCAAACGAGUCUCAUUUUUAUCCAACAUAUUUCAGUAGAUUGCUGGCACUGCAUUUAAUAAAAGACAAAUCAGAAAUUGUAUAAUUCAGUUGUAUUCUAUCAUUCAGUUGGAAGAGGGAAAAACUGAAAGGCUUACUUCAUAGCAGCUCAUGUGCCAAAGUUAUGACCAACUCAGAAAAACUUGUUUCCAGAACAUUUUACACUGAGAUUCAUAAUUCCAAUACAGGUUUUGUUUUGUUCUUUGGUUAACGCUGGAAUUUUAAGUUUGGUAUUUAGGACAAUUUUUAUGCCAUUCAAUAAACAGUUAUCGCUAAAUAAUA